AUGGAUGGCCCGAAAAAAGAGGACGAGCGAGCAGACGCGGCAGACGACGAGGAGAAGGAGAAUGCAACAGAGAAGCUUGAAAAUGCAGUCGUAGACGACGGAGAGGAAGCGGUGGAGAAUGAAAUAGAGGAAGGCGAGGCGGACGAGGCUGACGGAGGCGAGGAACAAACGGAGGAUCCGUCAGGCGAACAAGGUGACGACGCGGGACAAGGAGAGCAGGGAGACGGAGAGAACGGAGAGAACGGAGAGGAUUCAACCGACGGAACGGGGGAAGAAGCGAGGCCUCUUCUAUCGUCGUCGGGGGGGGCAGCAGCAGCGGAUGCAGCGAUAGCAGCAGCCCCGCAACCAGCCGCGGUGGCGGAGGAGAGCUCGGCGGGCGGCGGGUGGGGUAGCUGGGGAGGCGGGUGGGCGGCGGCGCUGUCGGUGGUGACGGCUAUACAGGAGGUGGCGACGGAGGUGACAGGAGAGAUAUCCCACGCCGCGACUGUUGCCGCGAAGGAAAUCAUCGAUACCUUUGAAGACGUGGAGGGGCAGGUGGCGGCGGAGGGGGACGGGCGGGGGGAGGGCAAGGGCGUGGGGAAGGGGGAGGGGGAGGGGGGCGCAGGGGCGCAGGCGGAGGAGAAGACAGGUGGAGGGGUGCCAUUGGACGGAGCGGCGCAGCAGGCGGCAGCUGUGGGAACGGCGGGCAAGGGCAAGGGCGAAGGGGGCGAAGGGCAAGAGCGUGGUGAUGGUGCUGGUGGUGAUGAUGCUGCUGCUGCUGCUGCUGCUGCUGGCGAGUCUGGUGGUGGGCAGGCGGAGAGUGCGGAGGGGGCAGGUGCAGAGUCGGUGGUGAGACAGGCUCCUGCGGUGGUGAAGGCGGAGAUGGGGGAUGGUGGGGGGAGCGGCGGGCGGGAGAAGUGGGAUGGCGCAGGUGGCGGCGGAGCAGAGGCGGGGAGGGACGAUGUGGAAGAUGGCGCAGAGAUAGUGGACCCGGACUUUAAGGCGUUUGACGAGUCCAUGGAGAACCUCACGUCAGGCGCACUGCAUGUGCUGGGCUCCGCGUGGAUGGGCGGCCUCUCUCUCGUGCACCAGCUAGAGCAGUCCACUGGCGCCGUGGUGCAGACGAUACAGCAGCAGGCCGCCGCCACCGCCGCCAUCACCACCACCACCACGAGCAGCGGCAGCGAGGACGCGGCGGAUGCUCAUGCGGCGGGCAUGGGCUCAGUGUCCAUUCUUGAAAGCGGCAUGGGCAUGGCAGAGCAGGGCAUGCGCAUGCUGGAGGCCCUGGGGAAGAACACCAUCGACAUCAUCUCGCUGGAGGCCCUGGCGGACCACCACACAGUGGUGUGCAUACGAGCACGCGGCAAGCUGCCUGCGGAGCAGCGCGCGGCGUUUGACGACGCCGUCAAGCACAUGCAGGGCGCGCUCACGCUGGGGGGGCAGGGCGGGGAGGGGGAGGAUGGGGAUGAGGACGAGGACGAGGGGGAGGGUGAGGGGGGUGCAGGGGAGGAGUUGCUGGGGAUAGAGGGCAUGGAGGAGGAGGAGGAUGAGAUGAAUGUGCUGAGGGAGUCGAGUGUGAGCAAGGCACAGGAGCUCGCCAGUGGGUUCCGUGCGAAGCUGAGUGCGGAGGUGGCAGUGAAGGAGGCGGUGCAGCGCACAGUGGACCGCCUCGAUGCCCUCCGCACUGAGGGCGUGCAUCGCCUGUCGGAGCUGUCAGCGCUGUGUCUGCUGCACAUGCUGCACAUUGCAAACUCCUGCAUUGCCUCUCCGGCGGCCAAGCCCACGGAGGGCGACGCCGCAGAGGAGGAGGAAGACACGGGCUCGUUCCGGUGGCCGGCAGGGAGAGAGGAGAGAGCCACGCUGGUUGUGGCACGGGCACGCACUCUGGCCAGGGGGGCCAGGACAGUCAUCCGUAGCUUCCUCAAAGGCGUUGCUGACGUGGAGCAGGCCUUCCAAAGCGUCAGCGCAAGGAGCACUACAGGGAGUGGCUCCAAAAAGGAACCCACAGAUGCAGCAGCAGAAGGGGAAACUGGUGAAGAGGCAGCAGCGGCGGGGGCAGUAGCAGAGGCGGAGGCAGCAACAGCAGCUUUGGUGAGACGAGUGGAGGUGAAGAAGGGCAGUGUGGCCGAUGGAUUGGUGGCAGAUGGGAAGGCGGCACGGGAGAAGCUGGAGAGUGCGCUGCAGCACCUGGUGUAUGUUGUGAUGGCUUCAUCCAUAGGGCUCACUCAUGCACCCUAG